CGACAAUUUCGGGCGGCGCAAUCCGGCCAUGAAGCGAGUCGAGUCGGCGCCGCAGCUCAGCGACUCGACCGUGUGUCGAGAUGACCUGAAGCCUGGUCACGAGUGGAUCGACGACACAGACCGCAAGUGGUGCAAGCUGUGUGCUCGAAAGUUCAACGUGUUUCGGCGCCGACACCAUUGCCGCAUGUGCGGCGACGUCUUUUGCGACGCGUGCACGACGUUUGUCAUGAUCGUGGUCCGCGAGGAGCACAAAAACUCGGUCCGUAUCUGCGGGACAUGCAUAUCGUCCCACAAAGCCAAAUACUCGUACCGAGCCGGCCCGUCCUCGACGAUGCAAGAGUCCACGCCGUUAGAGCGCGCCACCAAGUCCGUGUCCGUCCCAAAAGUCCCCAGUGCCGCUGCCUCCAUUGCCGUGUCUGCCCCAGGCCAACGCCAUCACCCGCGACGUCACUACGCGACUGAAGAUAGUGCGCAACAGACGUGUCGGCAUCGCAAGUCGAAUUCCGCCCACCUGUCGACUCUGUUGGAUGAAUCCACAGCAGCGGCUCUGUCGUCCACGUCGACGUGGCACAUGUACGAAUUGUUGGACUCAUCAAGCUUUCCCGAGACGUAUCCGUGGUCAUACAUGUGGCCGCACCCACCGACCCCGAUGUUUGAGGCCCAGCGCCUCGACACCAUCCGCUCGGCCUGGGCCAAAAUGACGUCGGGCACGAUGCCAGACAACUUGUGCGACUUGUUGUGCAAGGGAUAUGAAUGCCCCAUGGCAGCUGUGUCGGUCAUAGAUGCAUCGACGCAACACUUCCUUGCAAGAGCAGGGAUUGUUCACGGCUCCAUCGCCCGCCACCUCUCGCUGUGUGCUUACACCAUGUGCGGCUUGGAUCCAUUCGUCGUGCUCGACUUGGCCAACGACCCGCGCUUCAGGAAUCAUCCGCUGCUGACGGAGGCGAGUAUUCGCUUCUACGCUGGAUCGCCGAUUGUGGCGGGCGACGGCAUGGUUGUUGGCACCGUGUUUGUCAUGGACACCAAGCCGCGCAAGACGUGCUUCGAUACUUGCUUGACAAGUAUGGCACGGAUGGCGAUGCGACAUCUCAACGAGAUGCGCCAAGCCGCACCGAACGCGCUGCCGUCCAUAGCGCAACAGCACUCGACAGACGUCACACCACGACAGGUCGAGAACAUCCUGCACAACUUGCUGUCGAAGACGAACGACAUCCAAGAGCAGUUGCUGAGACGGCGGCCGCUCCCAGCAGCCUAGUUCGCACCGUCAAUAUUCGUCUCCGUGCCAUAACGUAGUAAUUACGUACACCACAUCUCCACGG